CCUCAUUCGACCUCACACCCGUACGCACGCACACACGCACCCUGCAACAAUGGCAGCAGAAAUCCGGCCGUUGCAGCCCGUCAAGCUGCCCGCGGCGCCCUCGGCACUGACGCCGGAGCAGAAGUACUGGCGGACAUUUUCGUCGCAGCUGCUGCUGCCGUCGCCGCACUCGUCGCCGAUUACGAGCGUGACGGCGCCGGCCUUUUCGCCGUCGGCGUCGCAGCUGGCCGGGCCCGAGACGUUUGCCGUGACGAGCGGCACGCGCGUGCAAGUGUUUAGCAGCCGCACGCGCAAGCCGCUCAAGACGAUAACGCGCUUCGGCGUCGAGGACCGCGCGCACUCGGGCGACAUCCGGCGCGAUGGGCGGGUGCUCGUGGCCGGCGGCGACAGCGGCGCCAUCCAGGCGUUCGACAUCAACUCGCGCGCGAUCCUCAAGACGUGGAAGGAGCACAAGCAGCCCGUGUGGGUGACCAAGUGGAGCCCGACGGAGCUGACGACGCUGAUGAGCGCGUCCGACGACACGACGGUGCGCCUGUGGGACCUGCCCAGCGACGCGAGCACGCAGACGUUUGUCGGGCACCAGGACUACGUGCGCUGCGGUGGCUUUAUGCCGGGCCAGGCGGACCGCCUUCUCUACUCCGGAAGUUACGACCAGACGGUGCGGCUGUGGGACCCGCGCGUGCGCGGCAAGGCCGUCAUGGUGUUCAAGCACGCGGCGGCGGUCGAGUCGGUGCUCCCGCUGCCGUCGGGCACGACGCUGCUCGCGGCGGCCGACAACCAGAUCUCCGUGCUGGACCUUGUGGCAGGACGGCCGUUGCAGAUUCUCAAGAACCACCAGAAGACGGUGACGAGCCUGGCGCUGGGCAGCAAUGGCGAGCGGGUGCUCAGUGGAGGGCUGGACGGACACGUCAAGGUCUUCGAGACGACGGGGUGGAACGUGGUGGCGGGGUUCAAGUACCCGUCGCCGAUUCUGUCGCUGGGGGUGAUAGCGUCGGGCGCGGCGCGCGAGGACAAGCACCUCGCCGUGGGCAUGGAGAACGGGCUGCUGUCGCUCAAGACGCGGCUGUCGGGCGAGCAAAAGGUCAAGGCGCGCGAGCGGGCCAAGGAGAUGCAGGCGCUCAUGGAGGGCCGCAUCGAGGAGUACGACAAGAAGCGCAAGCGCGGCAAGGGCUGGGAGAAGCGCCUCCGCGGCAAGGACUUUACGGGCGAGGGCGCCGACAUUGUCAUUGACGGCAACGAGCGCGGCAAGAUCCGCAACAUGAGCAAGUGGGAGACGGCGCUGCGGAAGGGGCAAUACGAGCGGGCGCUGGACUUGGUGAUGGAGAGUCAGCAAGCCAACCCACAAGACACCUUAACGCUCCUCACGGCGCUGCGGCACCGCUCCGCGCUGCGCGUGGCGCUCAAAGGGCGGGACGAACUAACGCUGCAGCCGGUGCUGAAGUGGCUCACGCGAGCAGUCGGGGAUCCGCGACACGUGCAGCUAGCGGCGGACGUGGCGUUUGUGCUGCUGGACCUGUACGCCGAGGACAUGGGGCAGAGCCCGGAGAUCGACGCGCUGGUGGACCGGCUGCACGAGACGGUGCGCCGGUGCGCCGAGAUUAGCCAGCAGGCUUGGAGCACGAUGGGGAUGCUGGAUAUGCUGAUGGCGGGGGUGUGAGGGCGU